GAAUAUUUUUUGGCCUUUUUUUUCAAUUAAUUCGAUUCAAUUUGAAAUUUUGUUUUUCAUUUAUAAUUCGACGAUAAGAAUUUUUUUUAUUUAAUCUUUUUUUCUCAAAACAAAAUGAAACGUUUAUUUCAUUGGGGACCAAUAAUAGCAUUGAUAAUUAUCAAAUUAAUAUCAUUAACAACAUUAUAUUUUACCGGUUUAUGGUUAACUAUUGAUCAUUAUGGUUGGUUAGCUUUUAUCAAUUAUAUUUGCUAUUAUUGUCUUCUAGCCACAACAUUAUAUAAUUUUCUUUGUGCAAUGUUUAUUGGACCGGAUUAUGUGCCAAAAGGAUGGCGACCCGAAUAUAUUGAUGAUGAACAAUAUUUACAAUAUUGUCAACAAUGUGAUGGUUUCAAAGCACCACGUAGUCAUCAUUGUUCCAAAUGUCAACGUUGUGUAUUAAAAAUGGAUCAUCAUUGUCCAUGGAUCAAUAAUUGUUGUGGUUAUCGUAAUCAAAAAUUUUUCUUCAAUUUUCUUUUUUUCGCUGUUAUUGGUUCAAUACAUUCAUCGGUAUUAUUAUCGAUUACAUUAUAUCGAGCUUUAACAUACAUACCGUAUUCUACUCCAAAUUCUCUUCGUUUAACAAUUUGGAAUGCAUUUUUAAUAUUGAUGGCCACCGGUAUGGCUAUCGGUGUUGUAAUUGCAGUUGGAAUUUUACUGAUAAUUCAAACGCGGAUAAUCAUUAAAAAUCGUACCAGUAUUGAAGAUUGGAUUAUUAAAAAAGCCAAAAAUCGUGAACGAAGUGAACCAUUCAUAUUUCCAUAUGAUUUAGGUGUUUGGCAAAAUAUUCGUCAAGUAUUAUGGGAACCAUUAUCCGAUGGUAUUCAAUGGCCCGUACGAAGUGAUUGUCAUCAAUAUACAUUGACUUAUGAACAAAUUUUACAGAAAAAAGAUAAAAUAGAUAAUGCAGCAAUUUAUCGUAUAAUUCGGCCAUAUAAUGGACGAUUUUUUCCAUUAUUUUCACAAGGAUUUAAAGUAUGCAUUACAUUUCCAAUUAAUGAUGAUAAUCGUCUUUCAGUUGAAACGGGUGAUGAAAUUCUUGUAACACAUUCGCAUAAACAUUGGUUUUAUGGACAAAAAUUGUCAACAAAUGAAAAAAUUCGUCCAAAAGGAUGGUUUCCAUGUCGAUGUGCUGUAUUGUUAGUACAACCAAAAUUACAUUAUCAAAAAACUAAUAAUCAAAAGCAACAUUCUUCCAGUGGUGAUAUAUCAACUGAUAAUGAUUUAAAUAGUAAAAAAGAAAAUUGAAUUUGUUUUUUUAUUUUAUUUUUCUAAUAUAAUAUAUUUGCUUGUUUA